AUGGAUGCCCAUGUGAGGUUCUGGAAUGAUACAACCAACCAAGUCACAACAAGAUAUUUCAACAGUGAAUUUCUUGGUGAGUGUUGAGUUUUAUUAUGGACUAGGUAAAAUAUUGUUUCUUCUUUUGCCUUUUGUGCUGAUGUUUAAGUGCUUAUGAAGGAGCUGAUGACAAAUUUUAUCGUUGACUGUUAAUAUAGGCCAUGGUACUGCUGACAACUUGAUGGAUCAUUUCGCCAAAAGUGUGUUAGAAAGUAGUUUGCAAGCUAACAAUAUCAUACAGGUCAACAUGGAUGGCUCAAGUGUUAACUGGAGGUUUUAUGGAUAA